GUGGCCCAACUAGACGGGCGCUUGACCAGGGCUAUAGUCAAGAAACGACCGCCCAGUUUUGUGUGGCAGCUCCUCAAGUGGCUCCUUAUUGCUCUUCCAGCAACCUUCAUCAACAGCGCCAUCCGUUACCUUGAGGGCCAGUCGAGCUUGGCCUUCCGAACCCCAUUGGUUGCCCAUGCUUAUCGAUUAUAUUUUGGCCAGCAAACCUAUUACAGAGUCAGUAACAUGGAUGGACGACUGCACAACCCUGACCAGUCACUGACUGAGGACGUAGUGGCCUUUGCCAACUCAGUGGCCCAUUUAUACUCUAACUUGACCAAACCUGUGCUGGAUGUGGUGGUGACCACGUACACUUUGAUCGGUACGGCCAAGUCAAAAGGGGCUAACACAGCCUGGGCAUUAACUAUCGCUGGACAUGUAGUCAUCAUCACCGCCAAAGUGCUCAGAAGCUGUUCCCCGAAAUUCGGCAAACUGGUAGCGGAGGAGGCGCGCUGCAAAGGAGAACUUCGCUACAUGCAUUCAAGGGUGGUUGCCAAUUCAGAAGAGAUCGCAUUUUAUGGGGGACAGAGACAUAAGAAUUGAUUGCUGGGGAAUUGCAAGUGUUCCAUUAAAGGAACAGUUCAAUGUAAAAAUAAUAACUGGCUAAAUCGAGAAAAUAAAAAAAUGUUUCU